AUGGCAACAAUUUCUAUAGAUCCAACAGAAUAUGUCGAAGUUGAACAAGGUACUUUGCAAUUUCCCAAUACACAUCAACAAGCAAAAUUUGAAUUAGGAGUAUGCAUGGCAAUAUAUAAAUGGGAAGAGUUAGCAACAGCUGUUGAAAAUUCAUGGGGAGGAGCCAACUCGAGUGAAAAAAGAGAUUGGAUCAGUGGAGUUAUAAUAGAUUUGUUUCUGGAAAAUAAAGCUGUUGAUAUACAACUAAUAGAAGAAACCUUAUUAUAUGCUAUGGUGGAUGAGUUUGAUACUGAAGUAGAUAAUGAUUCCGCUUUGGAAAUUGGAGCAUUAAUAAUGAGGUUCUACAAAGAUGUUCAACUAGAGAAAUAUGAUAGCAUUGAGGAAUUAUAUAAAAAAUGGAAUGACAAGAAGAGUUUACGGGUUGCAAACUCAAAAGUUCACAUUGAAGAAGAUCCAAAUAAUCCUGAUUCGAGUGAUGAUGAAGAAGAUGAUGAAGAAGAAACUGAAGACAUUGAGAUGAGUAACGGUGAUGAUAUGGUGAUAGAUAAGGAAGAGCCAAAAGGACCCAUAGUAGAUGAUGAUGGUUUUGAGCUAGUACAAAAAAAAGGUAGGAGAAGGUGA